AAAAAAAAAAUUGGAGACCUCUACAAAUAAUCUGUUGUAAUCUUCAGUUUCCCUCGAACUACUUAAAUUAAAAUGUGUAGUACCUACCUACAGUGCUUCCAUUGAUAAAAACGUUAAAAUUAUUUGUAUGUGUGUUUUAUUUAUAUGAAAUCAAACACACCCAACAACUCUCCAUAUCUCACUUAAUAACAUAAAAAACUUCCAACCUUAAAAAUUUUUCAAAAUACUCAAAAAUAUUUCCUCAAUCCUCACAACCAUCCCUGAUGUCAUUUAUUUAUGUUUGACCUUGACAAAAUAAAAAUAUAAUUUAUAAAAAAAAAUAACCACUACACUCUUUUGUGUGUAAAAAAGAAACAACCCUACAUUUAGACAAGAACAAACCUACAAUUUCUUUUUCUAUCUGUCAAAAUUUAACGCAGUCGCUAUUUUUCCUUCUCCCUGAAUGGACGUCAUUCUUUCUUUCAAACCAAUUUUUACCAAAAAAUCACAUCAAAUAUACAUAAAAUAUUCAAUUCAAAGCAAUAAUUAGCUACUUCAAAGUGCUAGCAAUAUAUUUUUCAAGUUCAUCAAUAAAAAUCAAACGAAUUAAAAGACGAAAAUAACAAAAAGAAAAUCGUGAAAAAAAAUAAACCAUCAUUGUAUUGUGUGCUGAUAUGUCAAGCAGAGAACACAUGGUUUAAAUUUGUCAUACAAAACAAGACACACACACAUAUGUUUGCAUUUUACAAACUUGAAUGUAAACAAACUUUGCAAAACCAAAUAAAAAAAAUAAACAAAAAUUAUGGAUUCAAUACGCGAAACCACUCCAUCGUCAUCGUCUGCCUCCGCCUCAACCAAUCCUCCCGAAGGCACACGUCAAAAUAGCCUCCAACGUAUACAACAGAGAAAAUUGAAAGUAUUCAAUCUCCCUCUGUCACAACAAUUGGCCAAACUGUCAAUGUACUCUGCCUGUCAGGCAGACGAAUGUCGAUGCACAGGCUGGAAGACACCCCAAGAGAAUCGUCAUCGUGAUGACGAGAGUACUUAUGCUCCCGAAUUCACUGAAAUCUGUCGCAAUCCAGCCUGUAUGCAUCCUCUACAAAAUCACAUAUCCCAUUUAACUGGGAUUUCAUCUCAGCAGAUGAAUGAGCUUCUUGGAGCCAUUAUUGACAUGGAGAAUCUUUUUAUGAGUAUGCAAAGAGUUGAUGAUGAAGAUACUAAAAAGGUUUACAUGUAUCUAUUUCGACUUCUUCGACAAUGUGUAAUAAGUCGACAGCAUCCGGUGAUUCGGGGUCCAUUAGGUGAUCCACCAUUUGAAUCCCCUUGUAUCGCCAAAUCUAUUUCUAGCUUUGUCUUUUACAAAUACAAUCAUUUGAGUCAAUCGGAACUCAGUACAAUGACAGAGGUUGCCACGACAUUUUUGAAUUUCCUCAAUCAUUAUAACUUUGAACCUCCUUCGGUGAGAAGGGGCGAUAUAACGCACGAGGAUGCGUCAAGUUAUAAAAUCAAUUACACUCGAUGGUUGGUGUUUUGUCAUGUACCAGCAUUUUGUAAUUCUCUGAGACAUUUUGAGACUUCUUUGGUCUUUGGGAGGAAUCUCCUUAAAACUGUGUUUCAAGGAAUGUCACAGCAAUUAAAGAAAAAAUGUAUUUCAGAAAGGGAACGAUUCCCGGCUGACAAAAGAGCUAUAAUCACUCAAAUGCCAAAAUUUAUUGAAGCUCUUAAAGCAGAAAUACUUCGAGAUGAUUCACCAAUAUGGGAUCAAUCAUAUCGUCCUCCGAAUACGUUUCUUUCACAGCAACGAAAACGCCAACAAGAAGCACCAGCUUCGAAUUCGAAACGAUCGGCAGAGUCGUCUUCAAAUAAACGAGUUAAGAAAGAACAAGAUAGACUGUCCAGUGAUACUGAUGAUGUCACUGAUGAGACAGUUAUUCGUGCAAUAAAAGCUAGUGCUGAAUCGAAAGCUUCAUCGAAAACUGAGGUUUUAUUUCCCAUAAAUGUAUCUCGUGAUGAGACAGUAAAAGCAGAAGAAUCUAAAGGCGAAAUUCAAUUUCAUGUGAUUGGAAAUUCACUCAGUUCACCGGUAAAUAAGCAAACUAUGCUUUGGUUAUUGGGAGUGCAAAGUGUAUUUGCUCGUCAAUUGCCUGAAAUGCCUCGAAAAUAUAUUAGUCAGCUCCUUUUCGAUACGAAGCAUAAGACUUUGGUUUUGAUUAAAGAAAAUCAACCAAUUGGUGGUAUUUGUUUUCGGCCAUUUCCCUCGCAGGGAUUUACAGAAAUUGUAUUUGUUGCGGUAGUAAUGAAUCUUCAAAUGACAGGCUAUGGAACGCAUCUAAUGAAUCAUUUGAAAGAUUAUAGCAUUCAAAGAGGAUUGAGGCAUUUCCUAACCUAUGCCGAUGAGCAAGCAAUUGGUUAUUUUAAAAAGCAAGGAUUCUCCAAAGAUAUCAAAUUGGCACGACCAGUUUAUUCGGGAUUUGUAAAAGAAUACGAUAAAGCAACAAUGAUGCAUUGUGAACUCCAUCCAAGCAUUGUUUAUACUCAAUUUAUUUCAGUAAUUCAAAAGCAGAGGGAAAUUUUAAAAGAACUCAUUGCUCAACGUCAUAAUGAAGUGCAAAAAGCUCGGCCAGGAUUAACUUGUUUCCAUGAGGGUGUUCGAUCAAUACCGGUCGAGUCGAUUCCGGGUUUGCGUGAGAUUGGAUGGAAGCCUCAGAUGAGAACACAACGAUCAUCGCGUCCAUCCGAAGAACACAUUGAUCCGGAUAAGUUGGCGGGAUCAUUUGCGAAUGUUUUGCAGGCAACACGAACACAUGUUGCUGCAUGGCCAUUUUUGGUGCCAGUUAAUGCUGCUGAUGUGCCUGAUUACUAUCAUCACAUAAAAUACCCAAUGGAUUUGAAGACGAUGGGUGAGAGAUUAAAGAAGGGCUAUUAUGUGACGAAGCGUUUAUUUAUGGCAGAUAUGGCAAGGAUAUUUUCGAAUUGUAGAUUCUAUAAUCAACCAGAUACAGAGUAUUAUCGGUGUGCUAAUUUGUUGGAGCGAUAUUUUCAUACCAAAAUGAGGGAUCUUGGAUUGUGGGAUAAGUAGUAGUCUUUCAUUAUGAAGUAAAUAGAAAAUUGUUAUAAAAAAAAUGUUAUUUAAUAAAAAUCACAAAACCCAGACUGAAAUUAAAUCAUCAUCAUUAUAAA